UGGACAGUCCAAGGUAAAGACAGGAAAACAAGACAUAAAGAGAGAAAGCAUAGAAAGUGGGAGGUGAGAGGGUAGACUGAAAGCAACAAGGCAUUAUCAGCCCCCCUCUGCUUAUAUGAGCAUCCAUCUCGUGACUCAGUCUCAAAGGAGAGUUCCCUGCUCUAAGUUGUAUUUUAGUACUGUGUGAGAGCGAGAUUUAUCGGAAUUAGCUCAUUCUUACCUCUGCAGCAGUGGACUUUCUGCACAAGCUGACAGCUGUGGACUUCUAGUCUAGUCUCUCAGACUCAAAUCAUCUCUGCAUUCAGAAAUACUACGUUGCUUUCAGUGGAGACAAACCAAGAUAAGACGAGGUCUGUGUUGGUUGUUAGGCAUUUUUCAUCUACCAUGGAGUCUUUGUCAUCACCUCUUCACGAAGGCCAAGACAGCCAUAUUGUACAGGUGGAAAACGAACUGGUACGCAAGGGUCCCCGUCGCAAAAGGGAGUUCAUACCUGAAGAGAAGAAGGAUGCCCUCUACUGGGAGAAACGUCGUAAGAACAAUGAGGCAGCCAAAAGGUCACGGGAGAAGAGAAGGAUGAAUGACUAUGUCCUAGAGAGUCAUCUCAUGGCCCUGAAAGAGGAAAAUACCAGGCUUAGUGCUGAAUUACUGGCCAUGAAGCUGCACUUUGGCCUGGUCCACCCUGCAGCCUACACUGCUCAACAGAGUGGCCAACUGCAACACCACGUCCACAGCAGCACCCAGCCUGUCACCAGCAUACACCACCAGCCCCUGCAGAGGGACUACUACUGGGGUGGUAGAGACUCUUCUGCUAUGCCAAGCCACCAACCAUCUCACCCUGUUUUUGUUCCUGCAUAUGCCCUCCAUACCAUGAGAGGCUAUUCAUAUUUGAACACAUCAGGUAAUACUGGCUCUGGCCUCCUCCCUCCCCUUGUCCUCCCUCGAAGUCUCCUGCCCACCCAUUCAGCCAGUCCUGGAGCCCACCUGCUGAAGCCCAUUCCUACAAGAGCCACCUCAGAUGAGGAGGAGGAGCAGCAGGUCCCAGGGGUGUUGUCCCUAUCCUGCUCUGCUCCGCCUCGCAAAAUCACCUCAAAAGACAGAAUCUACUCUCCACCAAGACAGUACAUGUCCGACUGAGGGUCCAAUACAGAAGGGCAUUCUGUAUAAUCGUCAGAUUGAUUGACUGGGAAUCAAAUUCUUCAUUUCUUCUUCACUAUCAAACAUACCUGCUGAAAUUGUAACUUUAAGAGCUCUAUUUUUGUGAAUUAAUGACACAUGGUGCAAAUUAUGCAGAUGAACACAACUGCAGUGCAAAAGGCUCCACACUUUCCAAUAUUUGUGUCACAGCCCACUCUUACGAUUCUAUGUGGGAUGAUCAUUCACACUACAGCCCAUAAAACGUUAAUAAGCGGUUAAAUAGAAGCCAUUCAAGUUCACAACACUCCCUGCUGUGUCACAAAAAUAGAGCUCUGAAGCUACUUCAGCUCUUCUCUGUGUGUGCUUUGUUCCACAUGUCAAAGUUGAAUAAAUGUUCAACUGUGGGUUAUGAAUAAGAUUCAGUACUCACUGAUCUCAACUCACCAUUCUUGCUCUAGAGGACUGUUAACUAUGCAGCUACUCCAAGCCUGCAAACCAUUACCUUUUUUUUUUUUAAUUACAUGUAUGAAUGUUGACAAGAGUUGUGAAAGAACUAGAUGUGGGUCCAUUGUCACUUUGUUUUGUUGAUGGAUAAACAUUACUUGGUGCUAAUGUACAAUGUAAUGUACAAUGUACUGUUAACCAGCAAUUGGAGUCUUGACAAGAUUAAAGCUAGGGUAGGCAAUUUAUUUCAGAAAAUCUUUUGUUAUAUUCGAUGAAAUUCUUUUUACAUCCUGAGAGUAAUGUUCUGACACCAAAAUGAAAUAUAUCCAGUUUCUGUGGCUGUAGCAGGACUGUAAGCAUGGCCAAACUUUUUAUUUGGGCUGAAUGUAAUCAAUGACUGGCCUACCCGCCUGCGUGCACUCCACGUGUGCGCUCACUUCAUAUCAAAAUGUGUUUUGGGGGAAUGGCUUUGAAGGACUGCUUUUAUGAGAAAGGGUGGGAUUUUUUCAGUGGGAUACUUUCAAAGUCUAGCUGUCUCUUGCUAGUUGCCUACCAACUUAAUUGUACAAUUAAGUGUUUUCCUUCUUUUUCCAUACAGUGAAUGCAAUUGAAAAGACAUGUCAAUCCACAUUAAAAAAUGAAAUAAAAGAAAAUAAACUACAAAAAUAAGAAAACAUAUGGGUUUCACCCCAGACUGACAUUACUUACACUGCUGGCUACAACCUCCCUCAUAAUGGAAACAGUGAAGAAUGGUGAUGUAUUUCUUUGGUUUUCCUGUGUGGGCAGAAGUAGUCACCUUCCUUCAUACUGUGGCCACAAUGUGUUUGAAUCUUUCAAAAUUUCAAUAAGCUUGGGGAUGACAUUUUGUUUAAUAUAUUUCAAAUAAAAACAUUAGAACAAUUAAACUUAAGAAUUGUGAACAAGGUCUUAGGAUAAUUCUUCUUUUUUUUUUUUACUGAAGGCUUGCUGGCUACAGUACUCAAAAAAAUAGCAGUCUUUGGUCAAGAGACCGAAAACUAUUGCAUUAGGUUAUAGAAAUGAUAACGAACUAAUCUCUUCUUCCAGUUGGCAUCUGCUGUUUCUUUCAUCUCUUCCAGUCUAUUUAUGAGCCAGCAGCACCCCAGGCUACAGCAGGUUGCUGGCUCUUUGCCUGACAGCGCUGAUGGCAACAUUGCUGCUGGCCAGGCAAACAGCCAGUCCAGCUGGCUCAAAAACAAAGUCAGUGCCAACACAGAAACAAGACAGCAGCUGACUAGUGAGUAAGUGUUUUUGCAAUAUAACACUAUUUUUGUUUAUGGCCUGGAAUGCAAUAGCUUACUGUGGUUUUAACAAUUAAACAUGACUAGUGCAGCUGUUAAUAGGAGGUAGAAGUGCCUAUCGGCAAAUCCAUGCUAAGUUGUAGGAAGGGCCAACAUGAAAAACAAUUUCAUUUUUAUGGCACAUUUGCUUAAAAAUGAGAAGACAGUAAAUAAUUCCCAUUUAUUCCCAUUUAUUCCCAUUCUUAAUAUUUUUAAACUGUGCACACAAAGUGGUUAUUUGGGUCCAUAAAUUAAUUAUUUGUUCCAUGGGAAUACUAAAUUGUCCCCUUAAAUUAUUAAAUUCUUUGUUACGUUAUCUACUUUAUAUUAGCAUUAGAAACUUUAGUUACGGGUUGUGGAUGUUAGUCUGGAAAGGUAACACCAGAUGGCUAGCAGAUAUGUCGAAUGCAGGUGACCUCAAAUUACAGGUUUCAUUUCCUGAAAUUAUUAAGAUAUUGCAUUCAGUAUUUGUCCUUUCCCCCUUAACCCUCUUUCUCAUACAGCUUUUACUGAAAAAUUACAAUGAAUUAGCAUCAAGUACUUCACAGCGCCAACAUCUGGAGCAAGUUACCUAAGCUAGCUCACAAAAAAAUCAUCUAAUGUGUACAAACAGAACAAAGAAAUGUAAUAAUGUCAGACAGAGAUAUGAGACAAAGUGGCCACCCUGGUCAUGUUGGUCUUGCACUGAACAUUUGAAAAAUGCCUUUGUGUGCUUUUUCCCCAGUUUGGAAGCCUCCACUGCCUAUGAAUUUUUGUGUCUUCAAGGGCAAAGUUACUACUGCCAUUAAAAUGUCGCCAUCUCUGUUUCACCCAUAUGGUUUUGCCUGUCAGCAAAGAGCUUCACCAGGAGGUGGCCGCACGGGGUCAGUUUAUGAGUUUCACUCUCAUUGCGCCCCAACAGGCCAGUAAGAGUCGCUAGUGCAGCUACAAGGACGAGAGCACCUCGCGGCGUUCUUCGCACCAGUGAUCAGGCACACCCGGAAGUACCAAAGACACAAACUUGGCCAGCUGUAUCAUCUUUUCUGUUUCCUGCAACCUGCACAAUAGAUGGGGUUAUACAGUAGGCCUACAUUUCUCCUCCACAGUCUGGUCUCUCAUCAAACUAGACUAUCAUAUCCUCUUUUACAGGAGGCCUAGGCACUCAGCAUUCAAAAGCGGUUGUACUGUUUAAACUAUGUGUUCCUGAAUACAUUUAAACACAUUAUUGAUUGUAAUCUUUUUUUGUCUGAUUAGUUUUCCACAGCUGAUUGAUGAAUUAUCUUUUUCAACUCAUAUAUGUGCUGUCACUAAUCUCUAUGCACUGUGUAUUAUGCUUAUUAAUUACAUUUUUUUACAAUAAAGAUUGCAAUUUAUAUGUUACUUUCUGCUGCUUAUGUCUCAAUAGUUAUUUCAGUCCUGCUUUGUGUGGUUCUUUAAGCAACAAAUGAUAAUAAAUACAACAUGUCACUAUAAAGUAAAAUGAGUUUUCCUUAUCCCUGCCCUCCUUUGUCUCCCACUGCAAACAUGCUUGAAUGUUAUCUUAACCUGUUUUCAUAUGCAAAUUAAACCCUACAUG